CCCGCCUACCAUACCCACCUAGAAAUACGAUCCCGAUCGCUCGCCAUUCGAGGCCCCGCCGUUACACAAGCCGAUCGCGCAGGUUCGCCGCGUCCUCCGAUCGCUUCUUUUCAUACCGAGCCGAUUCGCCGUCAUUGUGGAAUCUAGGAUAAACAAUGGCAGCAACGGACCCUCGACGGUCUUCAAGGGCGCGCACAACCCAGUCGCAGUCCCAGAUCUCGUCCACAGCCUCGAGCCUCUCGGGGCGUCCUGAGCGCAGUUCCAGGUAUUUCAACAAGGGCGGCUCGCCGCAGAAAUCCACCUCAACGGGAUCGCUGUCAUCCGAACCGCCCGAAGACACAAUCACAGCCGAGGACCCAUUCGGGUCCCGACGCCGCACUCGAGGACAAGUUGAGGAGAGAGAGAGAGCCGGAGUCAAAACCGAGACUGCCGACAUGGCGGACGGCGACGGUGAUCUCCAGGAAGAGGACGAGGCCGUGCGCUGCGUCUGCGGGAACGAGGAAUACCAAGGCCCGCCGCCGUUGGACGAAGACUCCAAGCAUGGCUUCAAACAUGCCUUCGGCCUCGAUCCAUUCUUCUCGGCCGACGUUACAGACGACACCGCGGGGUUGUUUGUGCAGUGCGAUGUUUGCAAAGUUUGGCAACACGGCGGCUGUGUCGGGAUCAUGACAGAAGAAUCGAGUCCCGACGAAUAUUUUUGCGAAAAGUGUCGCGAUGAUUUACACAAACUUUGGACGGCAAGCAAUGGCGUUUAUUCCCAUUAUCUUCCCCUUAAGCGAAAUGGCAGAGCCACGUCUCGAGCGGCGUCUCUGAAUAGCAAAGACACGGCUCGCUCGCCCACCAAAGAGAAAGAGACUCGGAACGGACGUGGGUCGUCCGCAAACCACGCCUCAAAAAGGCGAUCUACGCUAAAUAGCAGAGAAGCUGGAUAUGACGAAGCGGAGGCUCUGAGGAGGGCAAUUGAGGCUAGCAAAGAGGAAACGCAUCCCGAUCCGGCCGAGGGUGGGAACAGACGACCGAAACGUGGACGCAGCGACAGCCAAGAGAAAUCGGAGAACACAAAACGGCAGAAAACAAGCUCGCGAUCCGCGUCACCGUUGUCCGACAACGCCGAAGACUCGGACGAGCCCGGCGCCGCCGGCCGGAAUGGGGUACCAAAAUCGAAAGCGAGAGGUGCGGCAGCGGUGCGAAGCCUUCGAGUUGAGAAGAUAUCGGAAAAGGAGGAGAAAGAGCGGCAGCGGGUCGAAACCGCGAACAAGCGGAAGGGCAGAGCCGACCGUCGACGAGCUGAUGACUCGGAUCCUUCCGAGGAAAUGCCUCUAGCGACUCGGGCAGCAACGCAGAAGGCAACACAGGCCUCGGGGGCCUCGAACGGGGCGGUUCUCUCGGUCCCAGAAAUCGCCCGGCCACCGACGGCCGUCGACCCACCAACAACUUCGAACCCGGCACCAGAUACGCCACCCACAAUUACGGUCCAUGCCAAGGCUGACAAGAAGAGAUCACACAAGAAAAAGGGCCGCAACCAGUACACUCGCGACCGCGACGUUCACGACGACGAGUCACCCGCACGGUCGCAAUCACGCGACAUCCAAAAGGACGACCACGGAGCGCCUGGGGGCGGAAAAACAGGCGGAGAGAACGGCGGCAAGGCAACGACCAAGUCCAAGGGCGGGAUGAACAGCAAAAUAACCAUGCACGACAUGAAGAGGAGAGCAACGGCGCUGUUGAAUUUCAUCUCCCAGACGCAAAUAGAGCUGGCGGGCGAGUCACCCACAGGGUCACCACCCGGGGCUGGAAGCGACACCAACGGCAGCUCGGCGGCGGCUCCGGAGAAAGCAGACAACGGAACCAACGGGACCCACGGAACCAACCAAACCCCGAUGCUGGUGCUCGGGGAACCCGGAAACGCUGGUCCGGGGAAGGAGUUCAAGGAGCUUGGCUGCGUGGAGAUGAUGGACACCCUGACUCGGCGGCUUGUCAAGUGGCAACAACAGUACGCUGUGUAAGGCAACGCCGAGGGUGUUUGUCGUGGUGGUGUAUAAAGGGGGUAUUGGCGUCCUUUCGUUGCAUUUGACGGCGUUUAUGGUUUUUUUUGUCUUUUUUUAUAGCAUAGGACAGGCGUCUAGGUUGGGAAGGGUUUCUUCUCAUACGCAACUUGCUUCGGCUCGUUCUUACAGCGGGCAGCAUCUCGAUUUAGGUAGCUCAGCUCAGCUAUGGCUUCGUCAAUAGGGAUAGGAAUUGGGUGGGGCUAAUGUACGGGACGGUGGUUCUCACGGCUCGGUGGUCGGCUAAUACCCCUUGUGGGAGGCGCUCAGGUCGGGAUACAAGGACCGACGGCUCUCUGUUGAUUUGUUUUGUUCGACAACUGUAUUUAUAGUUAGGUACUUGAUACUGUCCAAUGAUAUUGGGUAUUGGAUGACGGCUUGCCG